AUGGCGAUGAAUGUAAAGAACAGAGAUGCUUUUUAUUCAAGUGCUGACUAUUGCAAUAUCUACAGCUCUCAGCCUGUAAACUAUGGAGAUUGCAGCCAUUAUUUCCCUCGGAUGACAGGUCCAGACCCUGUUCUAAAACCACCUGUUAGUUUGUUAUGUCAUCAGCCGCCUCAGCCCUUCCAGGCCAUGACCCCGACCCACAAUCUCAGUCCCUCGCCGGUGAUGAUGUCGCCGGACCCCUUGCGAUUCCCACACUGCACUCCUCUAGCCGUAAAGCCGCCCCCUCACCUCCAGUUGCCGCCCAACCUGCCCAUCCCAGCACCCCCCGUCCUCAGUCCCAAACCCCCCGAGGAAGAUGGUCAGGCGGUGGGUGCAGAUCAGGAAGCCACUCUGGAAGAGCUUUGCAAGCCUCUAUACUGUAAGCUUUGUAACGUCACUCUCAACUCUGCCCAACAGGCUCAGGCACAUUAUCAGGGGAAAAACCACAGUAAGAAGCUACGCAAUUUUUAUGCUGGCAGCCAGCAGCCACCUCCCAUUAGAAUACCAGAGGUAGUAGAGCCUGUUUCCCAGCAACCCUCAGCCACUCCACCCACAGAUUCUGCAAAUGUGACUGCCAACCAGCCACUCUCUAAGGGCACUAGCAGAGUCAUACUGGCCACGGAAAAUGACUACUGCAAGCUGUGUGACGCUUCCUUCAGCUCCCCCGCUGUGGCUCAGGCACACUAUCAGGGCAAGAACCACGCCAAAAGACUGCGGCUGGCCGAGGCGCAGCAGAACGCCACAUCCUUAGACUUGUCCAACCCUCAGAGACGGCCACGGAAAGAAGGAUACGAGUACCGAUUAAUGAAGAACCGUAGGGCUCAUAACAACACUGCCAUGCCAGGCCCUUACUACAACCCACGGCAGAGGCAGCGUAUCCCACGAGACCUUGCGAUGUGCGUCACACCCAGCGGGCAGUUCUAUUGCUCAAUGUGUAACUCGGGUGCCAGUGAAGAAGCAGAGUUUCGUUUACACCUGGAGAGCAAGCAGCAUAAAAGCAGAGUGUCCGAGCAACGCUACCGGAGCGAGAUGGAGAAUCUGGGAUACACUUAAGAGGCAGCCAAUGAGUGAUUCCCAGAUCCUGAAGAAAAUAAUCUUGCAAUUCUGGAAGUAGCCACUUUUGUUUUAAAAUGUAAGGUGACGGUUUUUUUAAUGCGUGUUAUUCUAGAAACAAUUUAUGAGCUAAAAUUCGCACACACUACUGAGCAAACAUUUCUUUUGUGCCAGACAACAGGUCUGUUGGAAAGUUCUUAUUUAAUAAGGGAUAUCUAACAAAAAGUUUUAAACGCACAUAAGCACAGAUUUAGGAUCAAUCGUAUCCUAUCAUUCUUAUCCUAGAUCACCUUUUGAGCAAGUACACAAAUAUCAGAGUAUACUGCACUUUUGGGGAUUUGAAACUUUCAGUAUG